AUGAGAAAACAAUAUAUAUAAACAGUAAACUUGAUGCAAUAAAAAUUUUUCAAGAUUAUCUAGAAAAUACUAAAUCCUUAGUUUUACAAAAAUUUGAACAAAUCUUAAAUCAUUUGGAGUUAUAGAAAAAAACAUUGCUUGAAUUAAAUUAAAAAUCUUCCUAUUAUAGUCUUUUAGAAGAAAUUGAUAAAAUUAACAUUCCGAAUUAAUAUUUGUUUUCGAUUGAGAAAAAAGAAUUUAUAGUAUAAAUUAAAGAAUUUAAUAACAACUUUUUCAAAAAAAACUCAUCAAAAUGUCGAAUUCUUAAAGGACUUAUUAAAUGAUGAAUAGGCUUAAAUCAUGAUUCAUAACAUUAUUAGCCAAAAUGAAGAAGUCAAUCCUGAUACCCAAGAAGAAAGUAAUCAAUCUUUAAUUAGUGAGAAUAAAUUCUUAUAUACGCCUAGCAAUUCAUAAAGUUUAAUUACUAAAAAUAGUAAUGAAUAGUCAGAAAAUUUGGCAUCCAAUAUUUCAUCAAGGGUAAUUGCUAAAGAGGAAAGUAAUGAAAAAUCAGAGACUAUAAAUUAUAAAUUAAUUAGUUCAACUUAAUAGAAGGAAAUUUGUACUGGUAUUGCAAUUAAUAGGGAUGGUUCUCUUAUAGCUGCAUCAUGCAAUAAUGAUAUCAAAAUAUGGAAAUUUAAAGAUGGAAUUUUGAUUGAUUAAAAAAUUCUACUAAAAGGGCAUGAGAGCGUUGUUUUUUGUAUUAUAUUCAGUAAGAAAAUUGAUUGGUUUUUAUCAGGUGGAAUGGACAAUUCAAUUAGAUGUUGGAUUGAUAGAAAUAAAAAAUCAUGGUUUAGUUCUCAUAGCUGGGAGGGUUCAAAAGCGUAUACAUAGCAUUCUAAUUCAAUCUUAUGUUUGCUAUUGAAUGAAAAGGAAGAUGAACUCUUAUCUUCGAGUAGCGAUCAUUCAAUUAAAAUUUGGAGUGUUAAGAGUGGUGAUAAUUUAAUUGAGUAUAAAUAUUCUCUAAACAAACACAAAAAUCAAGUAUUUUAGAUAUCUUUGAAUUCAACUGAUACUGAGAUGGUAUCUUGCAGUGAAGAUAGAUCUAUAAUAAUCUGGAGUAAAAAUGAGAACAAUAAAUGGGAGUUCAAAUAUAUUAUUAAUCAAGAUGUAGAUGAAUAUGGACUGAGAAUCAAUUUUUGUUCAGAUGAUACGAUUAUAUGGUGUUAAAAUUCAAAACCAAUAGCCCAGGUUUUUAAAUUUGAAAAUGGAAUUUUCUAGCAUAAGCCUGAAUUAAGUAUUAAAUUAAAGCCCUUUGUUGAUUCAGAAUUUGGAAGUGACUAUUGUUUCUUCCCUUCAAAAUAUAAUUCUUCAACACAAACUUUAAUUCUUAAUUAAAAUAAGUAUAUUUAUAGAAUUAAAAAAUCAAAAAAUGAUUCCUUUUAUAUAGAUGGCGAUGUGAUUGUAAACAACGCAGCAAGCUGCUAUGGAACAAUUUAAGAUGAUCAGAAAUAUAUAGUCAUUUGGAAUAAAGAAUCUUCUUAAAUGCAAGUUUAUAAGGCCUGCUAUGAAUGA